AUGAGCUAUAUGACGGGCAUGCUCAAUAAGCUCCACGGUCAGCCCGACAGCUAUGACAAAAAAUCACGGUACCGAAUGGGGAGGACGCUGGGCGCAGGCACAUAUGGCAUCGUUCGUGAGGCCGAUUGCCCUGAGGGCAAGGUUGCGGUCAAGAUCAUCCUGAAGAAGAACGUCAAGGGCAAUGAGCAGAUGGUGAUGGAUGAGUUGGACCUGCUGCAACGGCUGAGGCACCCUCACAUUGUCCGAUUCCACGACUGGUUCGAGUCAAGGGACAAGUACUACAUUGUCACACAGCUUGCAACCGGCGGAGAGCUUUUCGAUCGAAUCUGCGAGAAGGGCAAGUUCACAGAGAAAGACGCCGCGGAGACGAUUCGCCAGGUCCUCGAAGCUGUCGACUAUCUACACCAGAACAAUGUAGUCCACAGAGACUUGAAGCCAGAAAAUCUUCUAUACCUAACGCCGGACCCCAAUUCAUCUCUCGUUCUUGCCGAUUUUGGUAUCGCUAAGAUGCUCGAGUCGAAGAAUGAGGUCCUAACCACAAUGGCUGGCUCUUUCGGUUACGCUGCGCCAGAAGUCAUGUUGAAGCGAGGCCACGGCAAGCCUGUCGACAUGUGGUCAUUGGGUGUCAUCACCUACACCUUGCUCUGUGGCUACUCCCCUUUCAGAAGCGAGAACUUGGCAGACUUGAUCGAAGAAUGCAAGAAUGGCAGAGUCAUCUACCACGAGCGCUACUGGAAGGAAGUCAGCAAGGAUGCCAAGGACUUCAUCAACCAGCUUCUGACUCCGGAUCCGCACAAGCGGGCCACCAGUGAGCAAGCAAUGAAGCACAGUUGGCUCACUGGCCAGACGGCAAGCAACUACAACUUGCUACCCGAGAUCCGUGCCUACGUCGCCAAGGCGCGCCUCAAGCGCGGCAUCGAGCUCGUCAAACUCGCAAAUCGUAUCGAAGCGCUCAAGAUGCAGGAAGACGACGAGGAGGAUGCGUCUGGGGCAGCCGACGUGCCGUCAAAUGCUCGCGAGGCAGCUGGUGAGGCGCUUGCCGCACACAGCACCGCUCGCGGUCUGAAUGUACCAGAGGACCAGCCUGGAGCACCUCAAAAGAAAAGCUUGAGCAGGCUUGCGAAGGGUGCGAUAUUUCGAGAGAUUGUGCUAGCCAAGGUGCGCGAAAUAAAGGAGGAAGAGGCUAAGGAGAAGUUCGCGAAGAGCGCCUCAGAGUACACCAAAACGUCAUGA